AUGACUAGUGAAGAGUCAGAGCCCACUCAGGAGAGAGACCCUUUUGGAAUUGACCGGCUUUGCGUAGACUACGAUUACCUGUUGUACAAGAUCCAUGACUAUGUUUCGUCUAUCCAGCUAAGGACAAUAGAAAUAUGCAAGCAGCAAAACCAUUUGGUAGAGCAGGGAAUCAUUGAUCAGGUAAUCGACACCAAUGUAAACGAAUUGAAAAAAAUCCUUGCGAAGUGUGACGAACUGGAGAACCACUUCGAUAUGCUCGACCAGCUAGAUUCUAUUGUAGAGUCUUUCGGGCCUCGCCUACAGAAAGUCAUUGCUGAUCACAAAGCACUCCGCAAGCGAUAG